AUGUCUGCCCAUGCCUCACCGGCUAGCCGUUGUUUGCAAUGGAGCUGCGGCCGACUCGUCAUCGUCUUUGAGCUAAAUGACCCACAGCAGCCGACCCCAUUAGCCAACGAUGCACGUGCAGAAGGCUCCCCUUUAACUGCUUACGUCGUGGCGCAUGACGCUGAUUUUGGCGAGAAGGAAGCAAGCCAAUUUUCCGAAAAAGUCAAGCUUUCCGACGGGUCUUGGCAGACGAUAUCUAUCGAAGGUCUUCCCAGCGGUAGACUACCUGAUGCCACAUCUCGUUUGAGUGGAAGCUCAUUCGAGGGACAAGAUUGGAAUCCAGACGGGUCCCUGUGGGUAUAUUAUGCCACUACCACUGGCACUACAGCAAAGAUCAUCGAAGUUCGACGGACGCCUAGUAGCCCUUGUAAAAUCGAAAAUAUACUACCUCCACAAGCUAUAGCGCUUCCCGGAUCGGCGAUUUCCAACUUCAUCGACCGGGCCUCUAUUGACAUCUAUCUCCAGGACCACCAAAAGAUACCAGGAAGGGGAAAAAUCGGGAAAAUAGCUGGACUAGUGAAUGCGGGUGUGGUCAUUGGUGGUGACAAAGUACAAGUCAACACCCCGAUCGUGACCUUCAACUAUGCCGGGAAAAAACCUGUACUCGUGGUGGAUAACAACAAUCCCCGUAUGAUCCAGGACUAUGUCGGUGGUGCUGUAACCGCUGUAGAGAAGCUCUAUCCAGACUCCUGGCUAGGGGUAAUUCACCAUGGAACCCCUAUUCUCUUUUAUAGGUCUCUUAGUCCGGUUGGAGCAAUUGAGACAAAGGUCCUCAAUGGGAGUGGCUGGGAACAAGGUGCUACCGUAUUCGAAUGA